UGGAAAUGGGGAUAAAUUUGAUGGGGAGUCAAUUUUUCAGCCUAACUCUACUAAAGGGUUAAACUCCAAAUUGUUGCCUUUGGUUCAACCAGGCAUUAAUGGUCAGAUGCUUUCUCAAAACUGUAACAAUGGGUCACUGAAAGAUAUUAAUGUGGAAGGAAAAGUAGUUUUCUGUAAGAGAGGUAUGGAAAUAAGUAGACUGGAUCAAGGAAAAGUAGUGAAAGCUGCAGGUGGAGCCGCCAUGCUUCUUGUGAACCAAGAACAGGAGGGCUUUACCACCUACACUGACCCCCAUGUUCUUCCUGCAUCCCAUUUGAGUUAUGUUGCAGGCCUGAACAUCAAGCACUAUAUAAACAAAACCUCUAAAUCGAUAGCCACAGUCAAAUUCAAAGGAACUGUAAUUGGAAACUCAUCUGCUCCCAUGGUGGCUUCCUUCUGCUCUAGGGGACCAAGCUCCAUAUGUCCCGGGAUUUUGAAGCCUGACAUUAUUGGACCGGGAGUGCCCAUUCUAGCAGCCUCACCUUUCCCUAUUGACAAGAGGAAGUCGAAUUCGAAAUCAAACUUCAAUGUGAUGUCAGGUACCUCAAUGUCAUGUCCUCACCUGAGUGGCAUUGCAGCUUUGCUAAAGAGUUCCCACCCUGACUGGUCACCUGCUGCUAUUAAGUGUGCAAUCAUGACUACAGCUGAGGUUGUAAACCAGAAAGGCCAGCCAAUCACUGAUGAAACACUCCAGCCAGCCAGUGUCUUUGCCAUUGGCGCAGCCCAUCCAAACUCAUCAAGGGCAAAUGAUCCGGGUCUCGUCUAUGACAUCAAACCCCUUGAUUACAUACCUUACUUGUGCGGUAAGAAUUACACUGACAGACAUGUUGGGGUUCUGUUGCAAGGCAAGGUGAACUGCUCUUUGGAAAAACCCAUAUCUGAAGCUCAACUAAAUUAUCCUUCAUUUUCCAUUGUAUUGGGGCUCACUCCUCAGACUUAUACAAGAGAGGUAACAAACUUUGGCAAGGCCGAUUCUUCAGACACUGUGAAGGUUGCUCCACCCCAAGGAAUCAGUGUCAGCAUCAAGCCUAAACUUAUUACAUUCUCAGAGAUGAAUCAGAAGGCAAAAUAUGCGGUUACUUUUAGACGAAGCAAGGAUGAAGGAAAAUCAGAUAAAACUGCACUAGUUGUUCAGUAUGCUGAGGGAUCUCUGACAUGGGUUUCUGAUCAAUAUUCAGUUAGGAGCCCAAUAGCUAUCAAAUUACCAUUAGAAUGAAGGAAUUGCUAGAACCUGAUGGAACCAUGGAAAGUUCCCUUUAUCUCUUGUACUAGUCUAGUUGGUUUUGUCACCCUCAAUAUCUAUCUUAUAGCAUUUUACUAUCAAUCUGUAUUUCUUUUUUCCUUGCAACGAACCUCCUCUAUUUAUCUGAAUAAAAGAAAAAGUUUACUGAA